CAUCUACAUAGUCCUACUCCACCAACUACCAACAUCCACGACAAAGUCCGGCACACAACCACAUCCUCUUGGGCCUCGACUCAAAGCACAGAUCAACCAAGGUGGUCCGAGUAGCCCACACGAGGUCCACCUGAAGCUCCGGCCCCCACAACGAUCAACACAAGCCACCUCGUAACCCUGGACAUAAACACCACCCUCUUGGCCGCCGCCUCUUGACGCCGUCGCACACACUCUUUCCGUGUUGACUCCCCGUGCUUUCCUCUCAACAUGGACCCCUCAAAGUUAAUCGGGAGAGUCACCAAGGACACUGCAGUGGACGCGGCGGCCCAAGCAGAGUUCAGUGAGAAGAAGCGAGUAUGGGUUCCCGACACCGCCGAGGGAUUCCUUCCAGGAUGGAUCAAGUCUGAGCCGACACCCGGCAAGGCUGGCCCAGAUGACACUGCCGAGGUUGUCAUUACGACGACGGGCGAGAUCCGCGUGGUGCCAGUCCAUUCGCUGUCCCCAAUGAACCCGCCGCAGUUUGAUGGUGUUGAGGACAUUGCCGAGCUCACCCACCUCAAUGAGGCCAGUGUCGUCAACGACCUCCGUAUGCGUUACGGAGCAGGAAGCAUCUACACCUACUCUGGGUUAUUCCUCAUCUCGCUCAACCCCUACCGCCCUCUCCCCAUCUACACCCCCAAGAUCGUGUCUCAAUACCGAAGCAAGAGGAGGGAAGAGAACCCACCGCACAUCUUCGCCAUUGCCGAGCGGGCGUGGCAGCAGAUCGGCGAGGAGCGCGAGAGCCAGAGCAUUCUCAUCACUGGUGAAUCAGGUGCUGGAAAGACCGAAAACACGAAGAAGGUCAUCCAGUAUCUUGCCGCCAUCGCAACAGCCGCAGACGCCGCCUCGGCCUCGGCACCCACUGGCCUCCCCCGGUCAGCAAGCUUUAAGAGCAGGGAUGUCGAGGAUGUUGAAGCCGGCGCGUCUGCAGAGCUUGGCCUUCUCGAGCGCCAGAUUCUUCAGGCCAACCCCAUCUUGGAAGCAUUCGGUAACGCUCAGACCAUGCGCAACAACAACUCGUCGCGUUUCGGCAAGUUCAUUCGGAUCUUCCUCGCCCCCAAUGGUGCUAUUGCAGGCGCCAACAUUGACUGGUAUCUCCUCGAGAAGAGUCGUGUCACUACUCGUGCCAAGGGCGAACGCAGCUUCCACGUCUUCUAUCAGCUUCUGCAGGGAGCCAAGGAAUCUGGUCUUGCCGAGCCACUACUUUUGGAGGGCGGAGCCGAGAAGUACAAGGUCCUGAAUCAAACACGCCUGUUACUGGAUGGUGUUGAUGACCUUUCCGAAUGGCGCUCUUUGAAGGCCGCUCUCGAUGUUGUGGGCUUCACCAAGGAGGAGCAGUUCGAGCUCUUCCGAGUCGUCGCGGCCAUCCUCCACAUCGGCAACAUGGAACUCGUUGGCGGAUCCACCGACCAAGCUUACUUGUCGCCCGAGUCUCAGACUACCGCCGAGAAGGUCUGUCAUCUACUCGGCAUCUCGGUCAAGGAGUUUGUCAAGUCUGUGCUCUCGCCCAAGGUCCGCGCUGGCCGUGAACUGGUGACGCACGCCCGAACGAAGAAGCAGGCCGAGGACGAGCUUGCAGCUCUGUCCAAGUUCAUGUUUGAGAAGGUGUUCAGUGGCAUGGUCGACAGAAUCAACACUGCUCUUGACCGCCCCAGCAGCAAGUCCCUGUUCAUCGGCGUGCUUGAUAUCGCGGGUUUCGAAAUCUUCGAUGUCAACUCGUACGAGCAGCUCCUCAUCAACUUCACCAAUGAGAAGCUCCAGCAGUUCUUCAACUUCCACAUGUUCACGCUCGAACAGGAAGAGUACACGCGUGAGGGGAUCAAGUGGGAUUAUGUCAACUUUGGCCUCGACCUGCAGCCCACCAUUGAGCUCAUUGAGAGCACUCAGCCCAUUGGUGUCCUCUCAUUACUCGACGAGGAGUGUAUCAUGCCCAAGGCCACCGAUGUCACGUUCACGGACAAGGUGCAGCAGAUCUGGGAGCCUCCCAAGGGCUCCUCGAAGGGAGUUCACCCUGGGUCUGCCAAGUACAAGGCGACUCGCUUCAGCAAGGGCUUCGUCAUUAGACACUACGCCGGCGACGUCGAGUACAGGACCGAGGGCUGGCUCUCCAAGAACAAAGACCCGGUCAACGAUGCUGUCGCCGGCCUGCUGUCGCAAUCAGACGUCCCCGCCAUCUCCACCAUGUUCGCCGAGUACGCCGAGGAUGCCACCGACAACGUCGUGGGCAAGCGCAAGAAGCGUGGCGCCUUCCGCACCUUGGGACAACGCCACAAGGAGCAGCUCAACCAGCUCAUGGGCCAGCUGGCAGUCACUCAGCCUCACUUCGUUCGCUGCAUUGUCCCCAAUGCGGACAAGAAGCCCGGCAGGGUUGACGUCAAUCUCGUCCUUGACCAGCUCCGCUGCAAUGGUGUCCUCGAAGGUAUCCGAAUUGCGCGCUUAGGUUAUCCCAACCGGCACUCGUUCGCCGAGUUCCGUCAGCGCUACGAGGUCCUCACUCCUGGUGUCGUCCCUCAGGGCUUCAUGGACGGCCGGAAGGCAGCAGCGCUCAUUGCCCAAGCCUUGGAACUUGACGCAGAGUUCUACGCGAUUGGUGCGACCAAGAUCUUCUUCAAAGCCGGCAUUCUCGCAGAGUUGGAGGAGCGCCGCGACGCCCUCCUCACCGACCUGUUCCGCCGCUUUCAGGCCGCAGCGCGAAUGCACAUCCACCGCCGACGCAUCAACAAGCUCAUCAACCGUGCCCAGGCCGUCCGCACGAUUCAACGCAACGCUCGAGCCUACAAUGAGCUCCGUGACUGGCCAUGGUGGUCCCUGUACGCCAAAGUCCGCCCCCUCCUUGCAGCCACUCGGGUGGACGACGAGCUGGCCCGCAAGCAGGCAGAGCUGUCCAUGGCAAAGGAGCGUGCCGAACGCGACGAGCAGGAGAAGAAGCGCCUCGAGGACCUCCGAGCUGCUUUGUUGUCCGAGAAGGAGAAGGUUGAGCGGGAUCUCUCCGCCGAGCGAGACCUCGCUGUGGAGAAGGACCAGAUGCUCAACCGGUCCAAGGCCAACGAGUCUGAUCUCCAGGAACGUGUCAAGGAGCUCGAGGAGGAACUUGCCAAGCUCGAGACCAAGUACCAGGACGCUGUUGCUGCUGCUGAACAACACGACGACAACCUCGCCAAGCUCCGCCACAAGCAUGACCAACUCGCGGAGCAGGUUCGGAUGCUCGAGAAGGACAAUGUGGCUGCUCGUCAGCGCGAAAUGGAUCUCCUGCGACAGUCCAAGGACAAGUCUGCAGAGCACUCCAAGCUCGAGAACGCCAAGUCGGAAGUUGCCAGACAGCUCGAGCAACUUCGAAAUGACGUGGCCAACAAGGAGGAGCAGCAGCGUCGAGCCCGGGAGAAGAAGGAAGCUGAGCUCGUCGAGGUUCAGAAGCUUCUGAAAGAGGAGAAGAAGAAGACUGAAACGACUACCGCUCGAGCUGCAGACCUCACCAAGGACGUUAGCCGUCGCGAAACUGCUCUUCAGGAACUUCGCGAAACCAUCAAGGGCCAUGAGGUGACGAUCACAGCGAAGCAGACGGCUCUGGUCGAGCUGGAGGGCAAGCGCGCAUCUUCUGCCAAAGCCCACGAAACAAGCGAAGCGGCAAAGGCAGCGCUCCAAGUCACAAUCGACGGUCUCAAAUCCGAGUUCAGUCAGAAGGACAAGGAACGGCAGACACUCCUCGGCGAGAAGGCCAGGCUCGAGAAGUCUCUCGACGAGCUCCGCAAGGUCAUGGACGCCAAGGUGUCGGAGGAGAUCCAGCGCCAGGAGGUCGUCCGCAGCCGGGAAGCUGAGAACUCUGAUCUGCGAAAGCAGGUCUCUCAGCUCCAAGAGUUGCAGGAGAAGCAGCGCGAAAAUGCUGCCCAGCUUGCCAACAAGCUUCGUGUCGAUAUUGACGGAUUGCGACAGCGGCAUUCGACUGCCGAGCGUGACCUCGCGUCGACCAAGGAAGCCCUCAAGUCGAAGGAGUCGCUUCUUGCCCGCACUCAGGCUGCCAGUGCAGAUGCCGACAAGGCCCGCAAGCAGGCCGAGAGCGAGCGCAGCAACCUCCAGUCCCAGCUCAAGAGGACAGAAGAGGAACGAGAUGCGGCCAAGGCGCAGAUCUUGGUGAUGCAGCAGGAGUCUCAAGAGAAGGACCUCAUGUUUGCCGAGCUCGAGGACGCUCUCCUGCCCAUCGAGCACGAGAGAGAUGCGUUCCGCAAGCAGCUUGAGGCGACCAAGUCGCAAUUGUCGAGCGAAACUUCCAGGCGGCAAAAGGUCGAGCAGGAGUUGUGCGGGCUCCAAGAGGAGUUGGCCCAAAACCGGAACGACAUGGAAGAGCUCGAGCGCGACCUCGCGAACGCAGCCGGCGAUAUUAAGGCCCGCGAUGACGAGGUGGCCCUACUUCGCAGUCGCGAGAACCGGACGAUUGUCGAGCACGUUCACGUUCUCGAAUCAGCCAAGAAGGUGACCGACAGGCAGCUGGCCAACCAGGUCGAAGAGAACAUUCGCCUCAACCAGACUCUCAAGUCUAUGGAGACCAAGCACAACCGACUCCAGGGUGACUAUGAUGACCUUCAGCACCUCCACAACCAGCUCAAGAGGUCUCAGAACAAGGAGGCCCGAGCCGCGAGGGCCUCGCUCGGCCCCGAGGACAAGGCGACGACUCAGCUCUUGGCAGAGGAGCGCAAGGCCCGUGCGUUGGCCGAGAGCAAGAUCGCGUCUCUUGAGCGAGACCUGGCCGAGCAGAGACGGCGCGCUUCUGCAGCCAACCUCGCCCCCAAGCCGCGGUCAGUGUCAUCCUCUGCCGAAGGUAAACUAGCCCGGGCGUUGCAGGAGAUCGCGCGCUUGGAGAAGGAACAGGAGGUGGCCGCUGCCGAGAACAAGAGGCUGGCCACAGAAAUUGCCACUGCUCAGCGCGCACCUGUGCCUCCACCAAAGACACCCAACUCUCGUGCCGAGCUCCUUCGUGGCCUGCAGCAGUCGCACGAGGCGCUUGGACGGGAUAUGUCUGAGACGUUGCGGCGGUUCGACACUGCACCUCUCACCCCGUCUAGACGACACAACAGCGGCUCGGGGCCCGUACCAGGUUCAGAGGAGCAAACUGUCUCGCACGUCCGGCAGAAGGCCAAGUCCGUGGGAGCUCAGUUGGACAAUUGGCUCGCGACAGAAAGUUUGAACACCGGCAACGGCCUGAAGCUCGGCGGCGUCAGGGACGAGGUGCAGCGGCUGAGGCAGCUGCUGAGCCAGCUUGACUCGGACACGUCGCCUCGGCGAUGAUCAUCCUCCUCACGGCGGGGCCGCCGGCGGCAACAGUGACGGUGUGUAUUCUUGUACAGCAUUUGACGUUUGAGCAUGGCUCGAUUCGGCAUGUAUCUCUUGUGCGUUUGUUUG